AAUAGCCUAUGGAUAGCGCCAAUGUUAGGAUCUUGACCUCCUGCCUCGGUUCAGGUAGAUGCGCUCGUACCUGACUACUUUGACCGUAAGGAUCUUUCGGGUGAGAAAAAUUCCUGGUUGGCGAAUGAGAUCCGUAGGGCUUCGAGACCAACACAAACGUACGCCAAAAGGUGAAAACGAACGAAGAGAAUUCGACCAGACGCCGAGGGACGACUGUCGUCAGCAAACGGGUGGCGGUCAGGCGUCAGGUAGCCGCGACGGUGGCGUCUGGGCCUCGGCAGAUUGUUUCGAUUCGUGCAGAGAAACUUAGCCGUUUGAAAUAUUCAGAAGGGAACGAAGCAACUGAAAGGGAACUUCGUCUAACCACGACAUAAAAGGGGCUACAACGGAAAAUGUUGGAGCCAGGGUUCGCGAUGAGUGUUGUCUACGCGAUCUCGCUCGCGUCCCUCUUUCUUCUCGCAUAUUUUUUCAUCAGAUAUCGUGAAAGAAUGCGUCAUCUCCCACCCGGUCCAUGGCAACUUCCGAUCCUUGGCUACCUUCCGUGGAUCGACGCAGAAAAACCGCACGAAACUCUCACGAAACUGGCCAGGACUUAUGGCCCUGUGUGCGGCAUUCGCAUGGGAAACGUCUACACCGUCCUGCUCUCGGAUCCGCGAAUAAUCAAGCAGGCAUUCGCGAAGGAUGCGUGCGCUGGCAGAGCACCGCUCUAUCUCACUCACGGAAUUAUGCAAGGAUACGGACUGAUUUGCGCGGAAGGCGACCGAUGGAGGGACCAACGGAAGUUCGUCAGUGUCUGUUUGAGAAAUUUCGGGAUGGUCAAGCACGAUGGACCGAAGAGGGACAGAUUGGAGAAGAGGAUACUGGACGCCGCGAACGAAUGCGUAUCGAAACUGCAGCAACGAUCGAGGAACGGGCCGAUCGAUCCUAUGGACACGCUUCAUCACUGCAUCGGCAACCUCGUCAACGAUCUCGUUUUCGGGAUAAAGUACGAGGAGGAUCAGCAGGUUUGGAAAUGGCUGAGACAUCUGCAGGAGGAAGGUGUCAAGCAUAUAGGCGUCGCUGGACCGCUCAACUUCUUGCCUAUACUCAGAUUCCUGCCGCGAUACGGAAAAACGAUCCAGACGAUCCUCGACGGGAAGGAGAAAACGCACCAGUUGUAUCGCGAAAUAGUUGACGAAUAUCGAGCUAGAAGCGCGUCGACAACCGUGGAGAAUGACAGCUUCUUGGCUGCGUUCGUUGAACAGAUGAGAAAGGAAAACGUCUUCGAGACUCGUCAUUUUACGGAACCACAACUUUAUCAUCUGCUCGCUGACCUUUUCGGCGCUGGAACGGAUACCACUUUGACGACGAUCCGCUGGUUUCUUCUUUACAUGGCUGCCCACCCGGAGGAACAGGAGAAGGUCCAAUUAGAGAUGGAUCGGUGCUUGGAGACCGGGGAAGAACCGACUUUAAAGGACAGAGACUCGAUGCCUCGCCUCGAGGCUGCUUUGGCUGAAGUGCAACGACUCAAAAGCGUCACACCACUCGGUAUUCCUCACGGGACGUCAGAGGAAACAGAAAUAGGCGAGUAUAUCGUGCCAAAAGGCACCAUGCUGGUCCCGUUGCAGUGGACUGUUCAUACCGAUCCUGCCUACUGGCAGGAUCCUCUCGAAUUUAAACCUGACAGAUUCCUGGCCGAGGAUGGAAGUUUCCGCAAACCGGAAGCGUUCUUUCCCUUCCAAAUUGGUAAACGCGUCUGCGUCGGCGAGGAAUUGGCCAGGAUGACGCUGUUCCUUUUCGCUGGAAGGGUGUUACGCUCGCUGAGCGUAUCGAUACCACCGAACGAGACCGUCGAUCUUGAAGGCGACUGCGGUAUUACGCUCUUCCCUAAACCUCACCGCUUGGCGUUCGUUACGCGACGCCGAUGAUCGACAGAAUCGUUUCUGUAAUUUCUACUUCCGCCUACUUUCACUAGUAGUUAUCGCGGGACAGUGACCAUUAAACGCUUCAUACAACAUUGUAAUUUUAUACUGAUCAAAUAAAUAUGU